CUCAGAUCAAGAAUUAAAAUCCAAAGCUUCCAAAGUAAAGGAAACUCUAGAGAACAAAAAAUGUAAGAAAGGUAUUAAUGACUACUGGGUAUUAAAAAACCAAGAGGAAAAAAAACAAAACAUAGAAAAAAGAAUAGAAAAUGCUAAGAAACAGAGCCAACUGUAUGAUCUAAAACAACACGCGACUGUAAAACAACUAGUAUAUAAACAAGAUAAUACUGUUCGCGAAAAUUUCAAUGCAGAAAUAUUAGAAAAAAGCGAUAGUAUUCAAGAUAUCGAAAAGGAACAAUC